GAAAAUCUCCUCGGUAUUUAUUCACAUAUUUAUUAUUUGCAAGUUUUUAUUUCUUAAUUAGAUGUAAAUUGGAUUUACCGCUUUCUAUAACGAAAAUGUACACCAAAAAGAAUUUGUUUGUAUUCCUAGGAAGUUUGGUAUUGAUAUGUUCUACUUUCAUGCAUUUAACUACGAGGACGUACAGAGAAAUGUCAGAAAACUCGUCACUUUCCAGAAGACAGGAAGUUAAAGAAGUAUUUAAAAUAAGGAGGAAAUAUCAGCAACGCUAUAACUCAACAUUGGACUUCGGUAAGUUUAAAGCGGCAAUCAGAAAAAGAUUUGACAACGUUCAAAGAAAAUGUGAAAAAUUCGAGAGAAAACAAAGAUCGGUACAUGUUUUACCUAAGCAUAUCUUAGGUCGUAUCAUUGUGAGCGAUAAGUAUCGUUUCUUGAUGUGCUUGAUUCCAAAAGUAUCUUCUACAACAUGGAGAAGGAUAUUUUUACAAUUAUCAGGAAAAUUUACAGACAAAAGAAUACAAAAACUAACCAAUCAUGCCAUAUUUUAUAAAAUGUAUAACCAUUAUAAAACAUUGCAUCAUUACAACAAGAAAGAAAUCGAUUUUCGAAUAAAAAAUUAUACAAAAGUUAUUUUUGUUCGCAAUCCGUUUGAACGAAUAUUAUCAGCAUACAGAAGUAAAUUCGUUAACAGUAAUCAAUUCCAUAAAAAGUAUGGUACCAAAAUUAUAUCAAAAUAUAGACACAAUGCUACAAAGCGUGAGAAGAAAAGAGGAGCUAAUGUUACUUUCUUGGAAUUUCUAAAAUAUAUAACUAUGACUAAAAAUAAUCACAAUUUUCACUGGGCAACAUAUUGGAGUGUAUGUGCUCCGUGUGCGAUCAAUUAUGACUAUAUAGGGAUGUUCGAAAACUUAACAAUGGAGUCUGCUGAUUUUCUCCAAUAUGUUGGUGCUAAAGGAGUUAAAUUUCCAAGACGAGAUUUGUUUUAUAGUAAAAGUAAAACAACAAAGGUUACUCAGAAAUAUUAUUCCCAUAUACCACCAAAACAUUUAGCAGCCAUACGAAGAAUUUACAAAAAAGAUUUUACUUUAUUUGCAUUUCACAAUUCGGACAUUAAUAAUUUAACAAGUAAAUACGCUUGAGAAAAAGAAAAAAAGCUAGUCUAUGAUUCAAUCUGAUUGAUAUACAGAUUCCAUGUCAACGCUACGCUUGGAUUAAGUGCCAAAUUCAUAACUGCUAAAGAUUGGUGGAAAAAUAUCUAUAAGCUUGAAUUUCGUUACUGGAUACAUUUAUAUAAAUAAACUGUUCAAGAGGUA